AUGAAUAUUACAACACGCAAAACUAUAUAUAAAUUCGGAGAAGAUUCAACUAUUACAGGAACAAUUUCAUUUGAUAGAAUUAAAGAAGAACCAUUCACACUUAAAAUCAAGAUUGGCAACAAUGAUCUAGAUCCAAUACUCACGAAUAAUAUUAGAUCUUCAACAUAUGGAUAUUCAAUCAACAUCCAAGAUCCUUAUAACACUGGAAACUAUACUAUUUCAGCUAGUGUAAUUUAUUCAAAUGGUAUUGAAUCAAACACAGUUUCAGUUGAUUUUGAAUAUGAAGUUCCAUUUGUCCUUAAUUUAGAAGAUAUAGAACAACGUCCAUACAACAAAACUCUUGAUAAAAAUAUCACAGUUAAAGGAAGUAGAAUUUACUCACAUGGUGAUAUUUAUAUUAAUUGCAGUAUUGGAGAUGCAAAUAGUACAUUCGAAGGAAAAAUAGAUAAGAAAUGGACAACACAUCAAUAUAAUUUUUCAGGUGUUUGUUUGAUUCCAGAUUCCAUUGUAGAAGAAACAACAUAUUCUGUUGCAGUUUGGGUAACUUAUAAAAAUAUUAGAGGAAGUACAGGACCAAAAUCAAAAGAAUUCCAAUUCUAUCGAAAUUAUUCAGUUCUAAAAAUUUCAGAUUCAAUCAAUGAAAAAUAUUUCUACAAUUUAGACAGUAACAUUUCAGUAUCAGGAUUUGUUUCAGAUCUUGAUCAUUAUGAUGAAGUUGAAAUCAAAGGAAACAUUGAAGGAUAUCCAAAUAGUCAAACAACGAAAAAUGUUACUAUUUCAGAUUUAAAUAAUCAAUCAUUCACGAUCAAUGUUCCUAUUCCAAACAAUCUUACAAUCAAAGAACAUAAUCUUCUGAUCACAAGUUGUGAUAACAAAAAUAAAUGUGAUUCAAUUAUCAAAACAUUUAAUUACUCAUACAACACUCCAGAAAUUAAAAUAUUAAAGCAACCAUAUUUUCCAGUCCAUAUUAAUUACACACGUAAUCUUAACUUUACACUUUCAGUUUCAGACGAAGACAAGAGUGAUACUAUUUAUAUUUUCCAUAUUUUCAACAACACUAUUAGUGGAAACAAUGUUAACAUUACUCUUUCCAAUGAAAUAACAAAAGAAGUUAAAUAUUCAAUUCCUAUUCCAAAUGACAUCAGUGUAGGUAUAUAUCCAAUUGAUUUUUAUGCAGUUGAUGAACACGAUCUUCAAUCAAAAAUUAUCUCAAUCAAUGCAACAAUUAGUUAUAUGACAGAAGAUUUACGAUAUUUUUCACAUAAAAUUUAUCGCCGCUGA